AUGAUGAGACAGAAUGAGACUACAGUUUCUGAAUUUCUUCUCCAGGGGCUCCCUGUUCCACCAGAACAUCAGGGUUUGUACUUCAUCUUCUUCCUGGUCAUGUACCUCACCACAGUGUUGGGAAACCUGCUCAUCAUCCUGCUGAUCUGGAUGGACAUUCGCCUCCACACGCCCAUGUAUUUCUUCCUCAGUGUCUUGGCCUUCGAUGAUGUGUCGUUUUCAUCUGUCACUCUCCCCAAAAUGUUGAUGGACAUGAAGACGAAUCACAAAUCUAUCCCCUAUGCAGGGUGCAUUUCUCAGGUGUUUUUUUUAAUACUCUUUGGUUGUUCUGAAAACUUUCUUCUUUUAGUUAUGGCCUAUGACAGGUACGUGGCCAUCUGUCAGCCGCUCCACUACACAACCAUCAUGAGGCAGGAGCGGUGCUUUGCUCUAGUAGCAGCAUCCUGGGUCCUCAGUUGCUUCUACUCUCUGUUGCAAACCCUCCUUUUGGCCAGAACAACGAAGAUGGAAAACCAGAGCUGUGCAUCCGAAUUCAUCCUCUUGGGGCUCCCCAGCUGGAGAGAGAAACAGGGCCUAUAUUAUGCCCUUUUCCUGACCAUGUACCUGACCACCGUGCUGGGGAACCUGCUCAUCAUCCUGCUCAUCAGGCUGGACUCCCGCCUCCACACCCCCAUGUACUUCUUCCUCAGUCACCUGGCUCUCACUGACAUCUCUUUCUCUUCAGUGACAGCCCCAAAGAUGCUCUUUAAUAUGCAGACACAGAGCCAAUCCAUCUCUUAUGCUGGGUGCGUUUCUCAGGUAUAUUUCUUUCUAUUUUAUGGUGAUAUAGACAGUUUCCUUCUCACCUCUAUGGCCUAUGACAGGUACGUGGCCAUCUGUCACCCUCUCCACUACACCACCAUCAUGAGUCAGAGUCUGUGCUCCCUGCUAGUAAUUCUAUCCUGGGUCUUAUCCUGUGCUAGUGCCUUUUGCCACACCCUCCUUCUGAUUUGUCUCUCCUUCUGUAGAGAAAACACUGUCCCCCACUUCUUCUGUGACCUCUCUGCCUUACUUAAGCUGUCCAGCUCAGACACCACAGUCAAUGAACUGGUUAUCCUCACGGUGGGAGUGGCAGUCAUCACUAUACCAUUCAUAUGCAUACUGGUCUCUUAUGGCUGCAUUGGAGCCACCAUUCUGAAAGUCCCCUCUGCUAAGGGGAUCUAUAAAGCCUUUUCCACGUGUGGGUCUCACCUCACUGUGGUAUCUCUCUACUAUGGAUCGAUUAUUGGCCUCUACUUUUUCCCCUCAUCCAAUACCUCUAAUGAGAAGGAUGUUGCUGUUGCUGUAAUGUACACUCUGGUCACUCCCAUGCUAAAUCCCUUUAUCUAUAGUCUGAGGAAUCGGGAUAUGAAAGGCGCUCUGAGAAAUUUGUUAAGUAGAGCAAUAUUUUCACCACGAUGA